AUGUCGUGCCUAGAUUUUCCCGACUUUUUAGAACUGGUGUCAGAUGAACAUGGAAAUCAAAGUUUGAUAAAGGAAGCAGCCAACUCAAUUCUUCAGUUCGCCUCUUUAUUGCGCCAUGGUCUCAUCCCCAACCUUAUGGGCGAUGGGCAAUGCGUCCCGCCGCGGUACAAUGCGCGCGAUGCUGUCUGGUUCUGGCUCUACUCUAUUUGUUGUUUCGAGGAUGAAGUGACGGCUAGCGAAGGCCUAGCACCUGGUCUCGGAGGCGGAAAGAAAUCAAUACUUUCGCGCCCCGUUUUCCGCUGGUUCAUCACUGAUACCGCUCCAGGCUGGCCAGAUGAGCGGGAUUCCGUGAAUAUGGCUAACCCACCGGCCGACCGUGUGAUGCCAUUGUAUGAUGUUAUGCAAGAGGCACUGCAACGCCAUGUCACUGGAAUUGAAUUUAGAGAGAGGACUGCUGGAUUUGCUCUUGACUGUCAGAUGGUAACUGAGGGAUUCAAUGUAAGUUCUAUGACAAUUGAUACACGCAUUUUUUUCGACAUUGCCCAACCAAAGGAUUCCUGA